UCCAGGGAAAAUAAAUGAAGAUUGUCCACUUGCAUUUUAGAGGGAAUGCCCGUCAACAUCAUUCAGCUGCUUAGUCACGAGAGUUGAUCUGAAUCUCCUACAGAAAUUUCAGUUUCUCCUUCAAGGCAGUAAGAAAACACCAAGCUACCAUGGAUGACUGCAUGGAUUAUCCAUCUGCAUCACACGCACAGUGGCAUUCCUUGGGUAAUGAGCCAGUGUGACUAAUGAAGCAGACGGUAAUGAGCUUCACCCUUUAUUCUUUCAUUAGUGUUCUCUAUGGGUAUCUUUGCUGCUUAUUAUCCUUUCCUCCAUUAAAAGACAAUAAGCAAAGGAUAUGCAUUUGGUUCUGCUUUGUUUUGCUUUGGUUUUACUUUCUUUGCAUUGUGAACGUUUUGACUGCCAGAUGGGUUUCCCAAGACUCUUUGCUUCAGCGACUAAUUGGCUGAAGCACCCUGAUUUCAGUGUACUGACUAGCCCUCUGGCACUCUAUCCGUUUGAUUCUUCCCAGAUGAAGCCAACUGAAGGACGAGAACUAGAAAAUCACACCCUUCUGACAGAAUUUGUCCUCUCUGGAUUGUCCAGCCACCCAGAACUGCAGAGCUUGCUGUUCUUCACGUUCUGCUUGAUUUACACCUUCACCAUCACUGGGAACCUUCUCAUCUUCCUGGUCACAUUGCAUCCCACCCUCCAUAUGCCCAUGUACUUCUUCCUCCGGGUCCUUUCCUUCCUGGAUAUUUCCACAGCAUCCAUAGUUGUCCCCAAGAUGCUGGUAAACUUCCGGUCAGAGGACAGGAAAAUUUCCUAUGUGGGCUGUGCCACACAACUCUACUUUGUGAUUUUCUUGGGGGCCACUGAAUGCUACAUUUUGGCAGCUAUGGCCUAUGACCGGUACGUGGCCAUAUGCAACCCCCUUAGAUAUGCCAUCAUAAUGAACAGAAGAGCUAGUCUUUCCCUAGUCUUGCUGUCAUAUUGCAGUGGUAAUGUAGUGUCUGUGGUACAGACAGCUUGGGUGUUCACACUGCCGUUUUGUGGGCCCAGCAAGAUUAACUACUGCUUCUGUGAUAUUCCUCCACUCAUUGUGCUCUCUUGCACUGACACCUCCAUGUAUGAAAAGCAGAUAGUUACAGCCACGGUGCUAGUCAUCUUUACACCGUUUUGUCUUAUCCUGGUAUCCUAUGCCUGCAUCAUCUCCAGCAUCCUCAAGAUUUCCUCUGCAGAGGGCAGACGUAAGACCUUCUCCACCUGUUCUUCACAUCUUAUUGUUAUAACGCUUUAUUAUGGCAGUGGGACUUUGAUUUACUUACGGCCUAAGUCCGGUAAUUCACAGGACACUAAGAAAGUCUUAGCUCUCAUAUAUACAGCUAUAAUCCCCACACUAAAUCCCCUGAUUUACAGCCUGAGGAAUAAGGAAGUGAAAGCAGUGCUAAUCAGAAUAAUGUCUGAGCUGAUGAAGAAAUGAAUCUUUUCUUGUACAUGAAUGUGGUGCUUAAAUGUGCUAUGUCUGCUUAGGUCAUUGUGUAAGGCUUGCUAAACAGCUAGAAACACAAGGACAUUUUAUAGUUCUGAAUAUUUUGUCUUUAUUCAUGUAAUCAAUCAGUGCUAAACAAUUUAGAAUUUUCAUUUCUUUUUUGUCCUCUUGAGGAAGUAGUUUAUAAUAGACAUUUCUUUUAGACUGAAGCAAUCAAAAGCUACCCCACUUGCCAUGUCUUAUUCAGGCACUCGGUUCUGAAGAUGUUACUUUCACUAUGGGAGCUUCAGCUUCUUCUCACUUAAGAAAUAUUCUUCUACAGUGAGUGUUUUGUGUUAAGCAUAUUCAAAUUGAUGGUGCGUAGAUGGGUUGCUUUUUAUCUUUUUUGUAUAUGAUAUAUGAUAUUCCAUUCCUUCCAGCACAAAAGAAACCUACAGAAUGGAAGUGAUGAAUAAGUUACUUCCCUUGUUUUAGAGACUUCUUUUUUUUUUUUGAAGGUGUUGGGAACGCAACGGAAAGGAAAGGUAGAAUCACAGAAUGUCUUGGGUUGGAAGGGACUUUAAAGAUCAUCCAGUUCAAAUCCCCCUACCGUGGGCUGUUUGCCACCCACCAAAUCAGACUGCCCCGGGCUCCGGGAUGAAGAAAUAAUAUCCACUGAUAACAGCUUUGGGCAAGUGUUUACCUUUCCCAAACCAUUCAUUGUGGAGUGUAUGCAUGUAAGUCACUAGCAAGCUUCAAGCUGAAGUGCUGUCCAGUAGGAGACCCUGGGUCUGCUCUCAGACAGGCAGGGGGUCCGUGCUGGGGAACCCACAACUGCAAGGUGCAAGUGGAAUGAAAGUAUGGGUGCUGUCUGUUUGGUGUCUACAACUAGACAGUAACAGUUGCUGGGUUUGGGGAGGGUUACCAGGCAGACACAGAGCCUGUGUGAGGCAUCCAGGGGGGCACAUGCAUGUGAGGGGCCCAUGGCAAGAAUGUGUGCUUGCAGCGAGAAACAAGCUGGCAAGUAGGGGAUGUGUGGGGAGGGUUACAGGCUGAGAUCCAGACAGGGGUACAGGGCAAACAAGAGGUGCUCUGCCAGUGCUUGGAGGACCCAUGAAUGUGCGUGUGCUCAUGAACCCCAACAGUGUCGUGCGUGUACCCGCAUGAGUGAUCUGUCUCUGCCAGACCCAGACAAGGAAGAGGGCUGUGAGGAAAAGGUUAAUUGCUUCCCUCUGCUCAGCAAGGGAAGAGUUAACUGUUCUGACUGGAAGCUCAAAAAAAUCAAUUUGUCUCUGCACAGAGCUGUAGACAUUGGCCUGAGCACUUCCACCGGAUGUAUCAGGAGCAACAAACUGAUUAUGUGACAAGAACAAACUUUAGCUUCAGAGCAGAGCAAGGUCUCAGGGAGACAUAAUAGAAGACCGAGGCCAGCGUAAGACCCACACAUGUCCCUCUCACUGGAAGCUCCGGUUUGCAGACUCAGGUCAGGUGUAACAAUAUGACUGCAUGUACUUACAUAGCAUUUUGUUGCAAACUGUACAUAAGCUUCAGUGAAUUUUAAUAGUCAUCUCUGGAGGUGGGGGUCUCAUGAUCAUAACUAAACUUAAGUAAAACUGAGCCUUUUGUUAAUACACCUCCAGUGAUAAAUUUGUAAGCAGACUUCUACCACAUUUUGUGGGCACUUAAGUGCUAGUAAAGCCUUGGGUUAAUUGGAACAAUGGGUCUGAAAAGACAUCAGCAGACCACAGGAGGUAUAAGUGGCUCCAGCUACAGGCCUAGUGACUGGAAUCUGCAGUCUGAGGGAUUAUCAAAAGUUUAGAAUAUUAUGAAGAAGACUUUCUGCAAGUAAGAGAUCACUUCCAAGUAUGAAGCCGAUGAACUUUGUUAUAGAGCAUGAAAGAAACCAGAGAGAAUCAAUCAGGCCGAGGCUGAACUCCAAAAGCUGAACUUCCAAGACUAGGAAGCAUCAAGCAGGAAAAGGAAAUGCAGAGUUUCAGGCAAGUAUUCUCUAUUUAUAGAGUUUUGAUGCUGUGGAGUAGUAGGUCUGAGUAGUACAAUGAAAACUGUGAUCUUCUGGAGGAAAAUAGAUGUCACUUAGCUCUGCAAAUAAUGUAUCUGACCAAAAUCUCUCUCCCCGUCACUGGACAAACUCACAUCAUCUUGUUUGUGGCUGAGUGGCUGAAGUGGCUGAAGCUGGUAUGGUUACCAGUGGCCCAGGGAGCGCACGUGUCCAAGGACCUCAGUGUGACCAUAAUCCAGAAGAACAUGACAAUUCCUUUCAAGGAGCUGGGAUUCUUCUAAAGACAGUUAACGAUUCUGCCCUAACAGGCAACAAUUUGAGCAUGGGAAAAAGAUCAGGUGGCAGUUUAGGUGUUGUCCUGCAUGUCCUGUGUGUGUGCAUCUGCCUGUUUCAGGGAGAUAUGCUCAGUGUUCUUAUAAAUAGAAUUUGCAGACAGAAAAGCAGCAGUUGUUAGCCCGCAGUGAACACCAACCACCAGACUCACUCAACCCAGUUUGAAUUCCGUAUGCAAGCUUUAUUUAGCUGGCUGGCGACGGGUCACCUCGCACUUUGCAGUGCUCGGGGGCCCGUGCCGACUCGAUGAAAAGAUUUAGCUUGUAAAGACUGGAACAAUUUUUGUUACACUGUGCAGCAGUGUUAUCUAGAUUCACAAGGUUUGCAGUUUUGCAAGUCUAUUUUGUGAGCCGAAUCUAGCUGAACUGUUCUUCCUCCCCCCACCCUCACAGAAGCCAUUCCCUCCACAGGGACCGGUAUCUGCGUGAUAGCGCUGAUCCUGUUUGCCGAGAGUCAUCUGGUUCCUUCCUGGGUGAUGCAUCCCAGAUACUGCUCCUCCUUCUGGCAGAUUUGAGCCUUGUUGGCUGAAACUCAGGGUGUUGGUUCUGAUAUUCAACCAGGUCCUUGUGGGGUAUUUCAUCAAAAAUCGUCGGGGAGUUUUUUUGAAGCCUUGUGGCAACCGAGUCCAGGUUAGCUGUCCCAAAUACCCCCCAGAAGGAUCA